UAUAGUCUUUAGAGGAGGAAUCUGUAAGAAAGCUUAGUUUCUAGGGCAGCCGUCUCUACGGUUUCCGUGAAUCUGUAAGAGAGCUUGUUUCUAGGGCAGCCGUCACUACGGUUUCCAUGAAACUCACACAGAAAACUUCUUGGUCUUCAAGUACGGCCCCAGUGUUCUGUAAUGUCCAAGUACACGGCUCUGGGAUCUGCAGACUCAAAUUAUAGUCAGCCAUCUUCAGACCUGUCACUCGAUGAGGAGAGGGAAGCGCUUCGCAGGGAGACAGAGAAACAAGCUCUUAGAAAGCUUGAAAAGGCAAAGACAAAACCGGUAACAUUUGCUGUCCGUACUAAUGUUGCUUAUGAUGGAACACUGGAUGAUGAUAGCCCUGUGCAUGGAUGUGCAAUAUCUUUUGAUGUUAAAGACUUUCUUCACAUUAAAGAAAAAUACAACAAUGACUGGUGGAUUGGAAGGCUUGUUAAGGAAGGAUGUGAUGUUGGAUUCAUUCCAAGUCCUGUCAAACUAGAAAAUCUGAGGAUACAGCAAUCCCAUUCCCGCACUGGUAAACUCUAUACUAGGCCUAGUUCAUCAGGAAACUUGGGUGGUAUAGUAAACGAUGUACUCACCAAUUCCAAACCUUCAAAUUCUCGUGGCUCAACACCUCCUACUCCAGUGAAUGGAGAUGGAGUAUCUACAGAAUCAACCAAGAUUGAAUCUAUUCAGAAUUGGCCAAUAUCAUUAAACUUGCAUGAUUCUGAGAAUGUUCCCCCGUACGAUGUAGUGCCUUCAAUGCGACCAGUAGUCCUUGUGGGCCCAUCUCUUAAAGGCUAUGAGGUCACAGAUAUGAUGCAGAAAGCUCUCUUUGACUAUUUAAAACAUAAGCUAGAAGGAAGAAUAAUCAUCACUAGAGUAACUGCUGACAUAUCAUUAUCCAAGCGGUCUCUUUUAAACAACCCAACUAAAAGAGCAAUCUUGGAGAAGGCAAAUAAUCGAUCAUCAAGUUUAGCUGAGGUACAAGCUGAAAUAGAAAGAAUAUUUGAACUAGCCAGAACAUUACAGAUAGUUCUGCUUGAUUGUGACACUAUUAAUCACCCUUCUCAGCUAGUAAAAACAUCACUAGCACCUAUUAUAGUUUAUGUGAAAAUAUCUUCACAUAAGGUGCUACAACGACUGAUAAAAUCUCGAGGAAAAUCGCAGAGUCGAUAUCUGAAUGUGCAGAUGGUAGCAGCUGAUAAAUUAUUGCAGUGCCCUCCUGAAAUGUUUGAUUUGAUACUUGAUGAAAAUCAGUUGGAAGAGGCAUGUGAGCAUCUCUAUGAGUAUCUUGAAGCUUACUGGCAAACUACUCAUCCACCACCCACCAUCCAGAAAUCAUUCCCAUCACCUAAACGCACUUCUAGAGUGGAAAAUGAUGUUGGAAGAGCUGGUUCAAUCCCCAACAGAACACAAACUGACAGGCUACACUCACAAUCCUCAGUGGAACUGGCUUCAUCAGACUUGGAGCAAGUACAGACUGAGUAUUAUGGUACCAGAAACUGUAGAGAUCAUCACCUGGCAUCAGGAGGCCAAAGGAGCAAUGAUUAUCAUGAUCCCUAUGCUCCACAAGGUAAUCAUCAAAAUUGUAGGGAUUUCAAGGAACAAGAUUAUGUAAGAGAACGAGAAUGGGCACGAGAUCAUGAUCCUUACUAUGAUGAGUAUGAUGCGAGUGAGAGAAUGCUGAUGCACAAAAAGGAGGACAAUAUUCAACCUAGUGAAAUGAGAGAGAUGCGAGACUUGAGAGAUUAUGAACACCAUCACCGUGGUGACAAAAACUACCACUUCACUCAUAGAGGACAGAAGUAUCCUGGAUACACAGUGAAUGUAAUCUAGAAGUCACCAUUACUGUGAGAAUCGGGAUUCUGGAUGUCACAACUGCCUUUAACCCUCACUGUUCAAACAGUAUCCUUUAUCAUUUGACUUGUUAGAUUUUGUAUCAAAUUUUAUUUUCUCCACAUUACUUGUGAUGAUGAGAACGGUAGAAUUAAGUGAAGAAAUUCGUCCAACUUUUUGAAAGUAGUUUAUGAAAGUUGUUGUAAAAGCUAAUUAUCUACGUAGGUAGAAGUGGUAGCUAGAAUGUGUCAGAAGUGUGAUACCUUGAGGUGAAGCUGUAUAUAGAGAUACAGCUGUGUCAACACCUGAAACUGCUUCUUAUCAGAAUGAAAUAGUGCAUACAAAAUAUGUAGGAGCUUUUGGCAAAUAAAUUUCCGAGUGCCAGAAGGAUUUGUGUAAUUACGUCUUUUAAAUAAGUUGACUGUAUUGAAAAUGUUGCCAUUAGAGUAUGCUUAUGUUUAACCCAGUUAAUAUAAAUUAUAUGAGGAUUUUGAACUUUAUGUUUUUAAAUUUCUGAUACUAAAUAAUUUUUCUGUAUAGGCUGUGUAAAAUUGUGUAGAAAAUGUUUGGAAAUACUCAUCAUAUAUGGAAAUUAUGUAUGUUUUAGUUUAUUUUGAAAGAUUUAAUUGAUAUUUUUUAUGGGAGAAAUAGUAAACUGACUGUUGUAGUAUUGGUAAAAAAAUGUUGAGUUCAAGUACACUUAGUUAGUCCCAAGAUUGUGAUAUGUCUGUUUGUUUGUUUAUAAUUAAGCACAAAGCUACACAAUGGAUUCUAGCGUUGUAAGUCCGCAGACAUACCGCUGUGCCACUGGGGGGAGUGAUAUGUCUAAUCUCAUUUUUUUAGUAUG